AUGGGCCGGAGACCACUUCGAUUGUGUAUUCUGGGACCACCAAAUGUCGGUAAAACGACACUGGCCAAAGAAUUGUGCAAAAACUAUCGACUUCAUCAUGUACACAUGAAAGCACUCAUUUUUGAGACGUACAAAAAUCUCAUGGAACCAAUCAAGGCGUUGGAACAUUUGCAAUCCAUGCGCCGUGCGGAACGAGCAGCUGCAGAAGCUACCGCUGCCGCCAAAAUGCGUGAACUGGAAGCUGAUUCGGGGCUGGUUGAGGGUGAUGAAGCGGCUAAUGGAGUCGGGGCAGUUGAAGCAGAAGCGGCUGCACCAAACACGGCGAUCAACGUGCCAAGCGAAUCCGUGCACGCGGGAUUCGGUGGUGCAUUGGACGGCCCCGGGCAGGGAACGUACGACACCUCGGAUUACGAUGACUAUAAGUUUACCCAAACUGCCGGUAAAUCACAGAAAAAUAUUUUUCAUCGAUGA